AUGGCAGACAUUUAUGAAAUAUCGGCAGCUUGUCAUUCGGAGCGAUAUCGGGGUCCAGCGGGCGUCGGGCAGCGAGGCGCGGUGAUCGCUGUAAAUUUCAUCGCUAUACUGAAUGUACACGCGAAACUAAAAAUAAACACGAGAGCCACAACGGACGUAGCCAAGCGAUACUUAGAUAACUGCUCCGGAGUGUUCGCCACACGGAUCCGGCACUCAACACCGCGACAGCCGAUAUGCACACGCAUUUGGUUGCAUUCAACAUCGCUCUUCGACUUGUGA